UCAGACGGUUCCCGUUAGAUGGAAUUAUGUUAUUUUUCGUGUUUAAGCUAUAAACUGUAUGUUUAGUAUGAACCAAUACGUUUUUUGAACGUUUUUUUGUGAAUAUUUGAGUUUUAGUAAGCGCUAUGGAUGUUCACUACGACUUCAGAAUAAGCGGGCGAGACACGCUUGCUGAUCUUCUUUCGGUCUUGGAAGAGGACGAAGACGACCUCGGUAUCAAUCCAGUGGAUAUUGUAAUUAUGCCACCAACUAACUCCUGCGAAGUUUUAACCGAUGAAGAUUCGGGCGAUGAGGACGUUAUCGACGUCAACAAUUUACCAGCCGCUCAGCUUCGAGCAGAAGCCGAAUUGUUCGCGCAUAAUUCCGACGACGAAUGGGAAGACGAAGACAAAAUCCCACUGUCAGAGUUGCGUAAAGGAUUGUUGUCUAAAAGGCACUAUGACGAGAUCAAGAAAAAAACGUACAAGUGGGAAAAAUUCGACAUAAAAAAUGCACGUCUUGAAACUGAAUGGCCCAAUUUUGUUUUGCCAUCGAACAAUCUUUCACCUAUACAGUUAUUUGAAAACUUUUUUGACAAGGAGAUAAUAGACAUGUUUGUUUUUUACACUAAUAACUACGCAGCUAGUAAAAAGAAAAGAUCCGAUAUUACCCCAGAAGAAAUCAAAGUUUUUUUUGGAAUACUUCUCUUGAGUGGUUACGUUUCGGUUUCAAGACGCAGAAUGUUUUGGGAAAAUUCGUCUGAUUGUCAUAAUAAUAUAGUGUCUAAUUCCAUGUCUCGAAACCGUUUUGAACAUAUUUUGUCAAACAUACAUUGUUGCGACAACAAUAAUUUGUAUAAGAACGAUAGAUUUAUAAG